AUGGAUAACUCGGUGUCGUUUGAUUUGUACUAUGACAAAAAUAAGGAGAUUGAUCAAAACUAAUAAAAUCAUCAGACUUUGAAACUACCUGAUUCUCAAUAACUUGGAUUAGAUCAAACAAAUAACUCAAGAUCUCUUAUAUAACCAGCAAUAGAGGAUGCAUUUUUCAAAUCAGAGGUUAAUUCUGAGCAUAUAGCCAACUCUUAUCAAAAUAAUUCCAAUAAUUUUUUGGGCAUAACAAAAGUAAAAUUGGAAUCAUCAAUGGUAAGCAGUAUCCCAUAAAAUUCAAAUGAAAAAGUCCAUCACCAGAAGAAAAAAUCGUAAUAUAUGAAGACAUUGACAAACUAAUUCUAAGAGUAUGAAAACGUAUUCAAAAUAAUUAUGAUAGGAUCUAGUUUCACUGGCAAGACUAGUUUGCUUUUCAGGUUUGUCAAUGAUAGCUUUGAUAAGGGGUACCUUAACACAGUCGGUGUUGAUUUGAAAACUGUAACUCUUAAAAUCCACGAUACAAUGGCGAGAGUAAAUAUCUGGGAUACCACUGGUUAGGAGAAAUUCAAGUCACUCACAAAAUCCUACUUUAGAAAUUGCCAUGGUGCCGUGGCAGUAUUUGAUCUAACAAAAAGGGAGAGCUUUUAUAGCAUUGAGUAAUCAAUAAAAGAAUUCAGAUUAAAUUGCCCGCCUGAAUCGAAAGAUAAUAUAGUUCUUGUAGGUAAUAAGGUAGAUUUAGAGAACUAGAGACAAGUUUCUCAUGACGAUGCAUAAAAUCUGACUAAGAGGCUAGGAUUGCUUCAGUAUUUCGAAACAUCAGCAAGUUCUAAUUUAAAUGUGGAUUAACUAUUUUUCACUGUAGCUCACUAAUCAUAUCAGAUUGAAAAGGAGUAGCAGCAUAACAAUGAAAUUUUAGGACAAUAGAAUAUCAAGCUUAGUGGUGAUUCUAAUGGGAUAAGAGGAAGAACAUCUACUUCCAUUUAGUUAGAGUAAUAUGGAACUGUGAAAAAGAAGAGGAGAUCAGCAUGUUGCUGA